AUGGCCCUGCUGGGCAACAGUCACCGGGCGCGGGGCCGCGUGGACACGUGCUGCCCAGGUGGCGCCCCCGCGGACACCUCUGCCCGGAACUUUCAGUUUUCGUGUGCGCUGCUGGGGGACAUUCUGGAAGGGCACGUGAUAUGCAUCAUUGAGGACCGCCCAGGCCGUGCCGGCAGUGUCACCCUGCCACCGUCGCCAAGGCGUGCGGGGCGGAUUCGAACCCGAGACGCACCGCUGUCCCGCCGCACGCGGUUCGCCUUCGGCGGCGCCCGGCCCUGCGCGGCCGCCAGAAGAUCUGAGCAGCGUGGGGUGCUGAAUGGGAAGGGGGGCGCCAGCGCCAGGGAGGCAGGGGUCCCUGGCGGAGACUCGGGCAAGCGAGAAACCCCCAAGGUGGUUCUCUUCCAGGCCCGUCUCCUUGCCGGGGACGCUUGGUGCGGCCCAGACGUCUGCCAAAUGGGACGUGGCCCGAGGGGCAGGGGCAGGGGCGGGGCGGGGCGGGGCGCUCCUGGGGAGGAUCAGCACCCGCAGCUGAGGAGGCUGGGCACCCAGGCACCCAGGCCGAGGGACGGUGUCUCCGGGCUGAAGGGCCAGGAAGGCAGGCGUCUUCCCUGCAACGAGGAGGUGUGCACCCCCUCGCUGCGGACACGGCAGGACCAACUGAAGCAGCAGCGGGAUAAACUGAGGCAAUACCAGAAGAGGGUCACCCAGCAGCUGGAGAGGGAGCGGGAGAUCGCCCGGCAGCUCCUGCGGGACGGGAGGAAGGAACGGGCCAAGCUGCUGCUCAAGAAGAAGCGGUACCGGGAGCAGCUUCUGGACAAGACAGAGAACCAGAUCACCAGCCUGGAAACGAUGGUCCAGAAUAUUGAGUUCACCCAGAUUGAAAUGAAGGUGGUCGAGGGGCUGCAGAUUGGAAACGAGUGUCUGAAGAAGAUGCACCAGGUGAUGUCCAUAGAAGAAGUGGAGCGGAUACUGGAGGAGACCCAGGAGGCCGUGGAGUACCAGCGGCAAAUAGAUGAGCUGCUGUCAGGAAGCUUCACUCAGGAGGAUGAAGAUGCCAUCUUGGAGGAGCUGAAUGCAAUCACUCAGGAGCAGAUAGACCUCCCCGAGGUUCCCUCCGAGCCUCUCCCAGAGAGGAAGCCAGAAAAAGUCCCCAUCAAGGCCAGGCCCCAGCAGGGGGACCUGGUGGCAGCCUCAUAACUCGGCCUCGUUACGCGGGACUGGUGGGGACGCCCUGAGACUGGGGCCCACAGAGUUUGGUGCACGGCCCAACUGACCGGCUCCCCGGGGGCCGGCGCCGGGCCAGGCCAGCCGGUGCUGCCGGAGCAGUGUGGCCACGCAGGGCGCGACACGGGACGGCUCUGCACAGCCCCUCCCUGGCGCCGCUGUCCUGCGCUCCUUUCUGGAUCGAACAUUCACGGCCUCCGGCCAAACCCGGCUUCCGAGGCUGCGGUCCCCACGUGGCUCGGGCAGGCCCACGGCUCCUGGUGCCACACUCCGCCCCGGCCCCGCGAGGCCCGCAGGCUUCCUUCUCCCCGCUCGCUCUCCGUGGGAGGCGCGUCAAGCCCAGCUUCUUCCCCUUCCCUCGUCCCCUUCCCUGUCCCUCCAGGUGGUGGCGGGGGGCUUCCUGACCCGCCCAGUCUCCGAGUCGGUUCGGGGGUGGGAAGCUCUCUUCUGUGCUGGUGUUUGGGGGUGCUGGACCAGGAGGGACGUGUCGCUGCCGGACGGACAGCCACAGGAGCGCUGCCCGGGCCUCCUCACCUGGGGGCCUGUGUGCAGAGGCUCAGCCCGCCGCAGAGGGUGUGCCCCGAGAGCCAGAGGCCUUGCUGGGGUGCCCGGAGGUGCUGACGGCCCGGCUCUGGGACUCCCCACAGCUCGGGCUCGGGAACCUGCCAGAGACCCAGGGCUCCCCGACCCGCCACCCCUGAACCGUCAGCCACCGGCCACACUGCGGAGGCCGGAGGCGGCAUCCCUAGUUAACGGUUCGUCUCGGUGUUAGACAAUCCUGCUGACGUUUUACUCCCGACAAGGCGGGGCCCCAGACGGGGCAGCCCCCCAUUAAAGCUGACGCCUGCAUGGUC